AUGCAACCUCUAAACCCCUUCCUGGCCGCCUUCUUCAAGAGCUCCCUCCCCAGCCAGUGCACGCCCGUUCACCACCAUAUCUUACUGGUCCCCUCAACGGAUGUCCUCCUUACGUUCCGCGAGACCGAGAGCGGGACUGCUCCUGCUGAGGUCAUCGCCUCCGAGGACUUCCUUGCUAGCCACGUCCUUCGUGUGCCAGCGCCAAAUGGUGCUGCGGGAAGCAAGGAUGGAAGCCAGAACCUGCGAGAGGUGAGGGGCAAGGCAAAACAGUUUACAACCUUGAACGGGAAGAGCGUGGUUAUCAAAGAUGCUUUCAUUUAUAGCAACAAAGGCUUUAAAACGCUCGCGCAAGCACAGCUACUUAACGAUAUCGUCUUCUACCCCGAUGUCUUUGAACCGCGGCAAUGGCUCCUCUACUAUAUUUCAAGACCACUCGUGGGUAUCUGGGAAGAAAACAAGAUCGCUCCAGCGAUUCUAGUGCCUGGCGUACGGAAGCGCAGGAUUCCCGAUCAAAAGCAGACACCAAAUGCCGAGUCGACCGAAGCUGCUGCGCCUCGAAAGAAGGAUAUCAAGAGCUUCCACGACCUUUUGAAUAACUUCCCCAUGAUCGCGCGCCAAAUGCAACCUGGUCUCGAGAAACUGUUUAUUGAAUUCAACAAUGUCUUCCGACUACCUCUUCCUCCCUCUUCGGUCGAGGAGAUUCCAGACCCACCGAAUGGGCCUAUCACCAACGCUGUAAGACGAGUUCGGUCAAAUAGUGCAUCGGCGAGUAUGCGCGACGAGAGUAGAUUGCCAGUGACAGAGAACUUUUAUGCUGAGGACGAUGAAGACAUCAUGAGAGCGUCUCUUGAAACUGCAGUUACAACUGCCAUUGAUCUCUUUCAAGGAGUGGAUAAGCAGCAGUUGUCUCUUCUAGGCGCCACAACCGACCUUACAGGGCCUCUUGUGGAAAAGUUGAUCGAGCGUUAUGUUACAGAAAAUGUCCAUAAUCAGCUGUGGCCAAGGCUCAAUGCUCUGAAGAGACCUUAUGAUUUAGAACUAGAGGCCAAGAUCAGAAAGAUGCAGUUCAUCGAUAUCUCCCAGCUGGGCAUUGCUAUUGAUGGUGGUUCCAAGGCGAAACACGACCUAAUCAUCCAGCUGGGCCCAGCUGUUGAGGAGUUCAAGAAGAUCUCCUCUGCCGGUUGCCCGCAAGUCAUGUUGGAUCUUUUGCUGUCAACGAUAAAGAUUGUAUCGCAGCUAACUGACACAUCAAAAGCGCAAGCUACUUCUUCUGACGCUUCGUCAGAGAAACCCAUCAUGACCGUCAAUGCGGACACCUUGGUUUCGUUCUUGCUUUAUGUCGUAAUCCGAUCGCAAGUCAAGCAUUUGCAAGCCCGCUUGAUCUAUGUCAGAAACUUCAUAUUCAUUGACGAUGUAGACAGCGGCGAGCUUGGUUAUGCGUUGAGUACCUUCGAAGCAGUGUUGGCGUACCUCGUUCUUGACUCGGCUGGGUUGCGACGGGCUAGCAGGAGAAACAAAGCUCUGUGGGAUGCGGCAAAAACAGGCACUCUUGAUGACCUCAGAAAGAUUAUGGAACCUGGUUCCGGCGCUGCUGAUGACGACGAGUCAUCGGAAUCCCCUUCGUCUAGUCGCCGGCCGUCGACAAUAUUGAGUCUCCAAAACGAUACGAGAUCGAGAUCAGCAGGUCCUUCAAGGUCCAGGAGAUCUUCACUGCGUCUUUCUCUUCACGACCAAUCGCCAUACGAGCAUUACUCUCGUGGCUCUGGCCUAGGCCAUGUAUUCCCUUUCCAGGCCGAGGAUGAGAACGAAACACAUUCACACGACUUUACGAUACCUGUCCGAAGAGUGAAAAAGGUCUCAAUGGACACACGAAGUAUAUCAGGCGAUUCUGAAAUCUCAUUCCACUCACGCACUGGAAGUGUUGGGACUAUCGGCAGCGCUUUGGAAGGGGAUAUCUCAGUGGCUCGGUUGUCACAAACGAAUAACUCGUUUGGAGAGUCAGUUUUGAUGAUGGCCAUUCAAUCUGAACGAGGAGAGACACUAAAGUACCUGCUCUCUCUGACAGACUAUUUCUCUCCAGCCUUUGUUCUCGAUGAUAUGAAUAACGAAGACACCACAUUGUUGAGUGCCGCUAUUCAAGUAGGCAAUGCUCAAAUCAUCGAUCUGAUUCUUGACUUUGUCAUAGCCGCAACAACUCCUGAGCAGUUGGUUUCAUACUUGGCACAGCAAGAUAUUUGGGGACGCAGCGGUGCUCACUAUCUCUUCAACGCCCCUGCACUAAUAAGUCGCAUCGGACAUUUGAUACCUUGGCGACAACGAGACAAGAACGGACAGACACCGUUGUUCGCUCUUUGUCGCUCUUACGACCACAAAAACUAUCUAGGCAUGGUUGAAGCCGGGCUUGACGCAGCCGCCGCCGCACAGCAUGAUGGGCUGCCUCUGCACGUCGACGAACAUGUCGACAACAAAGGAAAUACAUUGCUGCACAUUGUCAGCAACGCCAGCCUCGCCAUGACUAUCCUACAAUACUGUGAUGUUGAUGUCAAUGCAACAAACGAUAAGAGGUUCACGGCGUUGAUGGUAGCCAGCAAGUAUGGCAGAUAUGACAUGGUCCGCUCGCUGUUUGCCGACCCCAGAGUAGAUGUAGGAGCGAAAGAGAUCAGAGGCCUUACUGCGGUUGAACUGGCCAAGGACGACGACGUACGAAACAAGAUCGAUGAUCUUGCCUUAUUCAGUAUGCCCGCCGGGCCCGAUGCUCGCAUCACUGGUGUGGUCAGAGCAUUCUUUGUGGAAGACGCGACUGUGCGGUUGGUGUUGAAGUCAGCAGCCCCUACGGACCAUGACAGCUAUACAGUGACGACAAGCCGCCGUUCACUCUCGGAUUUUGAGCAUCUGCCAAAUCUUCUCGCGCUCGAAAACCCGGCUUCAUGGAUACCAUCUCUCACCGAUGUACGAUCCCCGUUCCAAAUACCAUCAAAACCAUCUCGUGCUAUUCUUCGAGACAUGCAGGCUCGCGCAGACUGGUUCCUGAAGAUAAUGUUGAUGCACCCGACAUUUGCUACUCACGAAAUGUUGUGGGAGUUUUUCCUGGUGCCAGAACUGCAACUGGACAUGAUGGAGCAACGAACGCUUCUCAAAACGGAGACGCGGGCAGAGAAAGUACGGGACGAGUACGAGCCAGUGGAGGACGUUAGAGAAGUUGAACAGUUUGUUAAUCACGCGCGAGAAAUGAUUAGGAGCGUGAAUUACUCGAUUAAGAGUGCGACGAGACGCGCCAAUAACCUUGGACUCGUCGCAGCAGACAUGUACGACUCGUCAGUGCUUCUUCAUCGAGCUGUCUCAACUCUUCAUUUCCUCCCUCCCAGACACAUAGAGGCGUUUGAGACUUAUGUGCGAUCUAUCAUUCCUACCCAGUCAAAUCCUCAGGCGAACCUCCACUCGUCUUUCCUAGCUUUACAAUCUACUGUUCAGGCACUGCUGGCGUCCUUGUCUCGGCCACCAUCCAUCAUUUCCCAGAUGAGGGCUGCCAAGCGUGAGGCCGACAGAAACUUUAAUUCUCUUAACAAAUCUAGAUGGCCACUUGGCCUCCUGGAUGACACAAGACAGCGACUUUACGAUGAGAAGGAAGAACGGGCGCGGAAGUCAAGAGAAGAGGCCGCAAACCUUGCAAGGGAACUUCGAUACACACAGCAGACGGUGGCUGGAGAGCUGGCAGGGUGGCAAGACCUACAUGAGAAGAUGGGUCGUCAGGCUAUCCGGGACUUUGUCCGUGGGAUGGUGGUACAGGAGAGAAUGAAGUUGGAUGGCAUGUUGAGGGCGCUCCGGAAGGUGAGAUCCGAUGGCCAGGAUCUAGAGUUGACCAGAAUGAGUAACGGGACAAGGCUACGAGCCCCUCCACAGGUGACAGAGCCUGAGGCUGUCGAGAUGGAUGAGACUGGAGGCCGUGGCGACGCUUCAUAA